UUUGUCGCCAUGGACGUCCACCCGGGACUGCGGAUGCCAACCGACCUGAGACGCUGUAGCUGGUGUGGAGAGGCGGAGAAACCGUCGCAAAAGAUGAAGAAAUGCGCCGCCUGCGAAUAUGUCAUAUAUUGCAGCAAACUUUGCCAGAGGUCGGCCUGGGAUGAUCACAAGCCGUCGUGUCAGUACAUGUCAAAAGCCACGAAAAACAUGGACCCUCUGUUCGAAAUGGAAGUGCGGCCCUUCGGCUUCGCUAACUCCCUCGCGUUUUCGCGGGCCCUCAACGACUGGAUGGAAGCGCACCUAUGGGCCCUCCAAACGUGCACCCAAGCGUACAUUCUCAAGCUCGGCGGUGUCAAGUUCUGCAAGAUUCCGCCGAUCUACAUGAUGAACUUCGACGUCGUUUGCCGCACCACCCCACGCCAAACGCCCGUCGAGCGCAACCCCGCCCUCACGUUCUCCCUCCGGGCACAAGGCGUAAUCGACAUCGCCGACUGGAACGCCUCGAACCCGGCCAACGCGGAGUACUGGCGCGGUACCGACCCCGAGCGCGAACAGGUCGCCGCGUUCAUGGAGCAGCGCUGCGGGAGCGCGUUCGCGUGCGUCAUGUGUGCGGUCUUCAAGUGCGACCGUGUCUCGAUGAGCAACACCUUGAACUUUCCGAUCCUGCACGUGCGGAAACGGCUGCCGCUGGAACAGGCCUCGCUCGAUAUUCUGGAGGACGUCCUGCUGCUCUGCUGUGGGACGAUCAACAAAGGCUUCCCGCUCCGCUGCCUCGAGAGCGGGAUCUCGAAGAUACCGCUUCCCGGACGGUUCGCGCGGAAAGCGGGGAAGUGGGUGUGGGAGCCGCUCUUUGCGGACUGGGACAAGUACUCGCCGACGAGCAAGGAGUACGAAGGCCUGCACGCUGCGCUCAGUGGGAAGCGGAAGACCCAGCUCUCCCCGAAGCAGCUAUUCAGUGCACUGCUCGCGUUGUGAGAACAUCACUAAAUAGCAUCUUUAUCGACCCCAGGAAGGCCAGCGGCAUCCCUGUUCGACUUUAAGACAUGUAUGCACUGUAGCUUGGGACCAUGGGAGGGCGACAAGCUCUGAAAGUGGUCCGGAUGCUCAAAUUGGACGGUGAUGUAUUGUAGCAAGGAAUGCCAGAAGGUUGCGUGGUUAACACGUAG